CAGCAUUCCGACUCAUCGGCCCUCGUAUCACUGGCUAUCUUUACUCCUAUCUUCUCCGUUCUUCUAUUUAAUUCUUAAAUUCCUAAUUUAGAGGGUAUCGCGGGGUUAGAAAAAAGCUCUUUAUGAAGUAUUUUCGAGCUUGUUGCAAUUCCAUCCGACUUCUACGACACCUAGCUUCCUCCCCCUCAGGUACUACACUCUCCACACUUACUCCAUCUGCCCGAAGGAACCCGUUUUCCUGUACAGUCCAACCGGCAAUCACGAAACGCACGAUGGCAACGGCCAUGGCAAAGCGCCUCGAGGGCAAGACGAUCGUCGUCACCGGCGCGUCAUCCGGCAUCGGUCGCAGCACCGCCAAGGAGUUCGCUCGCACGGCGCCUAAGAACCUGAAGCUUAUCCUGACAGCCAGACGAAUUGACUCUCUGAACCAGCUCGCGCAGGAGAUCAAGGAGGAAGUUGGUGACGGCGUGAAGACAUUGGCCGUGAAACUAGACGUCAGCAACCCGGCCGAGGUUCAGAACUUCGUACCCUCUCUGCCCGCGGAGUUCCAGGAAAUCGACGUCCUGGUCAACAAUGCCGGGCUUGUCAAGGGUGUUGCCAAGGCUCCUGAGAUCGCCCCGGAGGAUAUCGAUAUCAUGUUCUCCACUAAUGUCACCGGGUUGAUCAACAUGACUCAGGCGAUCCUUCCGAUUUUCAAGAAGCGGGGUGAUGGCGGUCGUGGAGACAUCAUCAACAUUGGAAGUAUCGCUGGUCGUGAAGCUUAUCCGGGUGGCAGCAUCUAUUGCGCGACCAAAGCGGCUGUCAAGUCGUUUACCGAGGCUUUACGAAAGGAGCUCAUCGCUUCGAGAAUAAGGAUCAUCGAGAUUGAUCCUGGUCAGGUUGAGACUGAAUUCUCCGUUGUCCGAUUCUACGGAGAUAAGGAGAAGGCUGAUGCCGUAUAUGCAAACUGCGAGCCACUUACCCCGGAUGAUAUCGCGGAAGUUAUUGUAUUUGCCGCUGGCCGGCGUGAGAAUGUCGUGAUUGCUGACACUCUAAUCUUCCCCAGCCACCAGGCAUCACCCGGUCAUGUGCAUAAGAAUUCGACAUGAGUUUUAGACGUUAGUGCUGUGAACCUAUAUAUAUUGGACAUAGAAGACAGAUACUGCAGGAUUGCAAUCCCUAUGAAUCAAGGCCAUCAAACAACUACACAAGAAGGAUUUUAAAAAUCACCAAUGUAUGUAAGCCUAAAA